GGUUCCGUUCAGUUUGUGUAUCGGUGUUGCAUUCCGUGCUGCGGUGUUGAGCUGCCGCCAGAGAUGUCUCAGCGGGAAUGGGGCCUUGUGGAGGAUGUGCAGAAGCACUCUGUCCACACACUUGUAUUCAGGUCUUUGAAGAGGACCCAUGAUAUGUUUGUGGGUGAUAAUGCCAAGCCCAUCCCAAUCGACGAAAAAAGCCACAAGCUAAAGAUGUCCGUGAAGCUUCACACAGAGUAUGGCCCUGUUCUUCACAUGCCUAUUCUCAAAGAAAACCGUGAGAAACAUGGCAUUGGAGACCCAUAUGAACAAUAUCCUGCACAUCAAGGGCAUCUUGAAUCUGAUUACAUCAUAACAGGAACACACCCUUACCCAUCUGGCCCAGGUGUGGCUUUGACGGCUGAUACUCAGAUCCAAAGGAUGCCGAGUGAAUCAGCUGCACAGUCUUUGGCUCUGGCGCUCCCACCUUCACAAACCAGGUUAGAAGCUCACCGCACUGCAGCCAGUGUUGGGGAUAUUUAUAGACAUGCUGGCCAUCCUGAACGCUCACAGCCUCCUGGUCUAUCACUGGCAGCAAUGGAGUCCGGUGGAACAAAGAGCUCUGCAUUAAUAGCUAAGAAAGCUCCAACCAUGCCCAAACCCCAGUGGCACCCACCUUGGAAACUGUACAGAGUUAUCAGUGGUCAUUUAGGCUGGGUGCGAAGCUUAGCGGUAGAGCCAGGAAAUCAGUGGUUUGUAACUGGCUCAGCAGACAGAACAAUUAAGAUCUGGGAUCUGGCGAGCGGUAAAUUAAAGCUGUCAUUGACAGGCCACAUAAGUACUGUUCGCGGAGUUAUCGUGAGUGCCCGGAGUCCUUACUUGUUUUCCUGUGGUGAGGAUAAGCAAGUGAAAUGCUGGGAUCUGGAAUAUAACAAAGUCAUCAGACAUUAUCAUGGCCAUCUCAGUGCAGUAUAUGGGCUAGACCUGCACCCUACUAUUGAUGUUCUUGUGACAUGCAGCAGGGACUCAACUGCGCGUAUCUGGGAUAUCAGAACAAAAGCGGGUGUUCAUACGCUUGUCGGACAUACCAAUGCUGUGGCUACAGUACGAUGUCAAGCAGCAGAGCCCCAGAUCAUUACAGGUAGUCAUGAUACCACUAUUCGUCUGUGGGAUAUGGUAGCAGGCAAAACACGUGUCACAUUAACAAAUCACAAGAAGUCUGUCCGAGCUGUUGUAUUACACCCAAGGCAGUAUACAUUUGCUUCUGGAUCACCAGAUAAUAUUAAGCAGUGGAAAUUUCCUGAUGGAAACUUUAUUCAGAAUCUUUCUGGCCACAAUGCUAUAAUCAACACUCUAGCUGUGAACUCUGAUGGUGUCCUUGUUUCAGGAGCUGAUAAUGGAACAAUGCACCUCUGGGACUGGCGAACAGGUUAUAAUUUCCAGAGGAUUCAUGCUGCUGUACAGCCUGGCUCUCUGGAUAGCGAAUCUGGCAUAUUCGCAUGCACAUUUGACCAGUCAGAAAAAAGAUUAAUCACUGCAGAAGCAGAUAAAACUAUCAAAGUCUACAGAGAGGACGAUACUGCGACUGAAGAAACUCAUCCGAUCAGUUGGAAACCUGAAAUUAUCAAAAGGAAAAGAUUUUAAUAAACUGGGCCUGUAAAAAAUAUAUUUUUUUUUCAUACAUUUGUUUAUAACAGCCUGACAUAACAUGGAUUCUGUUUUGAUGUUGAACAUAGUUUUGGCUUAAACACUGUCUUUCAUCAUUGUAGUAAAAUACAUCCUGUUAUGGCUAUUUGUUCUACCGUCACUGGAAGCUUUCAUUCCUUUUUUUUAUGUCGAAAGUGUAUUAAAUUUAGAAGUUUACCAAUGUUAGAACAAA